AUGGCGUCGCGGCCCAUGUUUGCGCUGCCUCCGGCUGCGGAGAGCCAGUUCUUGGAUGAUCUGAGUCGAAGGUCUAUGGAUGAUCUCAAGGGCCUUUCGCUCGAAUAUCUAACUGUCAUUGAGGCGGAGCUGGAGCAGCUGGCCAACUCGACGCAUCAUGAGCUGCAGAGCAUUGCCGACCAACAUCAUCAAUUUACUCAGUGCGUGCCGCUCUGCUCUGGCGCUUCACCCUGUGCUUCACCCUUCCUGGGGAGCUGCGGUCGUCUCGGCAGCCAAUCAUGUGAUGCCUGCUCGAACAGAUGGUUUCAUCGCUACUUCAAGUAUCAAGCUUCCGCCAAGCGCCGGUCAUCCAUUGCUGCCGAGCUACCAGCAGCCAAGAAUGCACAACGUCAGUCCAAGUCCAACACCGAUGGGCCCCUGGGCCGCACAAGUGGCCCCCGCCGCAGCUCUCUCAGCUUAAGCACCAGCGCAGGCGGCAUGACUGCCUCCGCCCAGCCAGAAGAGACAAAGCAAAUACCUCCCCUGGGGCGGCCCCUAACUGAGACCAAGCAAGAGCAAGACUUUCUCAAGGGCGUGAGCCCAGACAGCGAGGAGCAGCUGGUCCAUAGCAGGAAAAGUGCACCUUCGGACGCUGAGGCUCGGCUCUUGGGCGCUGCCGUUACGGCCAAGGCAGAAAAAGCCGACGCUUCAGAAGAAGAUAAUUACGUUCUCACCAACCUCAAAAGUGUCCAAGCCUUGUUGACCAAGGAGGAGCAACACCUGAGCGAUCUCCUUGAGCGUCUCUAUCACCGCGCCUGCGCGUCGCACGUGGACGUUCAGCGACAGGGGGACAGCUUCCCCGUCCUGGAGUCUCCCAAGCCCGCCGAAAAGCCAAAGCGCAAACGCAAGAAAAAGGACACACCUGCAUAA